CCUUCUCAUGGACCCCAUUUAGCCCUAAAAAAGGAAGAAGGAAAAACUCCGUCUUCGCUCUAAUUUGCAGCGAAAAAUCGAAGACUCAUUUAUCAAAGAAAUCUUUGAACCAAUUCACUUUUGAGUAUGGGACGAGAGUCGGCUCAAGUCUUUUCUGGCGAAUCUCAAGAAAAUACUGAAGCUUUAAAAAGCCCUCGCACACUCAGUUGGUAGUGGGGUUCAAGGUGAAGGACAAAGUAAAGGUUUAGGAUAUGAGGAUGUUAUGAUUAAAAAUGUUUACUACAAAAGAAUGUUAGCAACCAUGCCUAGGCAUUUAAAGUGUUUGGCAGGUGAUGAUAGUAUUAGGGAUAUUAUGAGGAUUGUCAAAGAAGAGAUGAUAUGUGAGUUUUAUGUGGACCAUGAGGUUAAUUUUGCUGAAAUUGCUCCUCUACCAAUAGGUUGGAUUGAUAAUGAUGUAGUUUAUGAGGAUUGGGGACCACAAGAUAAGGUAGGCCAGAAUGGUAACAAUGAAGUUAAUGAGGGAGAAGAGGAAGGUGACAUAGGGAACAUAACCCAAGACAGGGCAAUUGGUGGUAAUAAGGGUAAAUUUGGAAAUUCAUAUGAAAUAGGUGAACACAGUAAUAGAGGUGGCUAUGAAGAAGAGUGUUUUGUUGAUGACUGGAGCUCAACAGAUGAAGAAGCAGAUCCUGUUGAUGGUAGUGACAGAGAUGAUGAUGAAGCCAUUGCUGUGAAGGCUACUACAAGGUCUCUAAGGAGACCAACAGAAGGAUUAGAAGUCCCUCCAGGUUUUAAGGGUUCAAAAACAGGGGUUAGGAAGUCUUACAAGGGGAAGGACUUAAUCCCUAAAAAAGGAAGGAAGGGAGAUCCAGUACAUCCAUCCCAAUCAGUUCCAGUUGAUAAUGAUGAGAGCUUAUAUAGUGAUAAUGAUGGGAGAGAUAGUGACUAUGCUCCAAGUGAUGAUGCUGGCAAGUUGAGGGACUCAUCAACAGAUUCUGAAGAUGACAUUUUUCCUGCUCUUAAAGCAGCAGAUAGACCAAGAAAAGCUUCAAAUGUCUACUUUAAUCCUACUUGGGAUCAUACACAUGUGAUCAAUGUCCAUGAAAGAAGUUGCUCAUGUAGAGAAUGGAACCUCAUUGGAAUUCCUUGCUCACAUGCUCUUUGUGCAUUAAGAUUCAAAGAUUGGAGUUUUGAGUACUUUGUUGAUGAGUACUACAAAAAGGAAAAGUACCUUCAAACUUAUGGAACAGCAUUAGAAUGCCUCAAAGGGAAAGAAGUGUUGGGGAGGAGGCCAGAAGGAGGAUGUUUGCCACCGGAGAUGAGAUCAAUGCCAAGGCGCCCUAGAAGGAAUAGAAGAAAGGCAAAAGAUAAGCCUAUGAAACUGAAGAAGGGAAAAUUGACCAAGUUAUCGAAGCAUGAAUUUGUGUACACUUGUAGUGUGUGUGGUGAACAAGGGCACAACAAAGCUGGAUGUCCAUAGAAAGACAAAGAACAAGCAGGCCUUAGUCAAACCAAGUGUAUACAGUUACUGAUUUGGCCUUUUAUAUUAUACUCUUAUUUAUGUAUGAAAAAUGUAUUUAUGUGCUCGUGAACAAGCUUAUUUUGGUAUUAUGCUUAUGUGUUUCUGAACAACCUAUUGGUGCUAUGAAGUACAAUGUUCUGUUGGUUCUUUUGUUUGCUACAAAAUGUUUACCAUCUGCUGUUAUUUUACAAUUUUU